CGCAUAACAUCGUCAUUGUCGACUUCGCGAAGACCUUCGGCUACUUUACAUAACGGAAUUCAGUCGAAUCAGUACCUACAGAUCUGCAGAUUUUCCAUUUACGCACAAUGUGUAAACCUGUAGCUUUCAUGCGGUAAAUUUCAAUGGAUUACCUGCUAUACUAUAUAUAAAACCAUACAGCGUUUGACUUAACCUAGUUACCGUUACGACGUAGUCUGGCGGCGCAUACAAAUUAAAAUGAUUUGAUUGAUGAUCACAGUGUAUUCAACUUCUAUGCCUGUCUCUGAAACGGUGUGCUGCAGUCGAAUGGGAUACGCGUCAAAAUUGCAACAUUGUCCGUUUAGAACUAGUAAAGCGUUUGCCGUCGUCGCAGUGAUGCUGCACACCGCUCCGGCCGUCCACGGGGGCAUCAUCGGACUCAUCCAGAACAACGUGCUGGGCACGGCCGACUUCCACAGACAACAGUCGUGGCCGUUCGACCCGAACGUCAGCGGCCGUCGGGCGCACGAGUUCAUCGCUCUGCACGGCGACAAGUCCGAGAGGCUGAUCGAACGCAUCGGCCUGGGCAUAGACGGCAGGCAAGAGGAGCGUCGCGAACAGCAGAUGGUCAGGGACAUCCUGUACGAACAGCAGCAGCGACGAGAGGCUGGACCUCCGGCUUCCGGUUAUCUGCAGCCGCAGCAGCGUCCGGUGCAGUCGUAUCCGGCCGGCGUCGGUUACGCUCGACGGCGGUGACCGCCGCGCGAUUAGGACCACCGCGGUGUCCCCGGAGACGACGUCCGUCGAUCGUUCGGCGACGACGUCAUGAUGUCGCGCAGUGUCACAUCGCUGCAACUGCAUUUCCGGGCCUCGACGAUGCGGCGACGUGUGUGCAGCGCAAUCCGACUUAUCGUUUUUAACGAUAUACCACCUACGAUAGAAUAAUAUAAUAUUAUAAUGUGUAUACGAACAGGACGCGUACCAAAACGCGCCUGUAUAGUAAUAAUAAUAAUAUUUUAUAUUUAUAAUCUGUAUAAAAAUAAAUCGUUUAAGUUAGUUGUUAGAAUUAUUAUAUUUUAUAUACUGCUGUGAUUUGCGUGUAUACUUACCGCCGUACUUACCUAAGCCCGUACCGAAGUAGGUUGCGCCAAUGAUUAGAAUAAAAUAUGAAUUGUAAAACAGUACAAAUAGAAACCAAUAAUACGACUAGAAAUCCUCUAUAUAAAUACAACGCUUUAAUAUAAUAUUGUACACGAUUGUUCCUCGACGAUCACAUACCUGUUCUACACGAAACACGAUGACGUUACGAUCGACAUUUUUUCCUUUCGACUGAGAAAAUGUUCGAAAACGUGUUAAUUUUUUUUUUUUUUUAGUUUUUAUUUGUAGAUCAAAUUUGAUUUAAAAUAUUUUAAACGUUUAAAAAUGCGCUCGUUCACUUUAAACGAGAGUUGUUGAAAAUCAAAAUUACAUUUCACUCUUGUCCGUGUAUUUUCGACGGAAUAAUUUAAUUUUUAAUAAUAAACGAAUCAGAUAAAUAUUCACGAAAAGCAUGAACUCUAGAAUCAGUUAUCAUAAUUUUCGGUAAUCAUGUAUUAUAUAAUUGAAAUAUGCAGAGACGUCAAUUCUGAAAAUAUUCUGUUAUCUGCUGGCCGUUUCACAACUAUAUUUUUUAAAUAUUAUUAUUUUAUCAGUAGAUUAAAUUUAUUUGAAGUCUCUGAACACCAUCAUUAGUCAGUAAAAAAGGUUAUGAAAUAAAAACGCGUUAUCCGCGGACCAGUACGAACCUAUAUUGCUGUAUAAUGUAUGUAUAUAUCAUAUAAUAUGGUUAUAAUUUGUGUUAUAUAAGUAAGUAAAAUCAGUACUAGUUUUAAAUCUAAAAUAUUUAAAUACAUCCAGAAAUUAUUUUACGAAUAAAUACUACAUAUUUUGUAUUAUGUUUUAUCGUUAUUAUUAAUUAGUCGAUCGUUGGUUGAUAAUAAUUAAUAAUAUUAUGUAUGUAAUCAAAUGUUUUUAUAAAUAAUAAUCUAUAUAGGUUCGAUCGAUUAUUGUGUAUUAUAUUUUUAUUAUAAUUGUAUAUGAUUGUAAAUUGCAUAUAUUCCUUAAUUAGCGAGUAUACAGUUGAGCUAUGAAUAAGUUAGUUUGAGUGUUUUUUACAUACACGCAUAAUAAAAAUAAAACUAAAACUAAUUAAAAAGAAAAAAUACAAAUAUAAUUCUUCCUUUUAUAAACACACUACUUGUAGAUAUUAAAAUAAUAUAUUUUUGCCCCGUUGUCUUUUAAUAUGUAUUUUUUUAUUAUAUUAGUUAUUAAUUUAAUAAAGUAUACUUGUUGCAAUUUGCAUAUAAUUAAAAAAUAUGACAACUCGCCACAUUAAAAUAAUUGUUUUUACAACUAAAACUUCUUACCUUAGAUCAAAUUUAUAUUUACACAUAAAUUCAUAUUAUUUUAUAAUAUUUUAUCUUUUAGCUAAUUAAAUUAUAUUUAUUUUUUUAUACACACAGAUUUAAAAAAAAUGAUUUUUGUACAUGAAGUAUAACGUAUUUUUUUUUCAAUUUUUACUCUUUAUUUUUAUUUUUUUGAUGACAUACUGCACAUCGAUUAAUAAUUUAUUUAAAAUUUGUGUUAUAAUAUGUUGAAUGAUUCUUUUAUCAAACAAUUUAUAAUUUUUAAUUAUAAAAAAAAUAAGUUUAUGAGCAGAAAUAUUUAAUCGACUUUAAAAUGUUUACACUUAUGACCUUAGUCCAAUAAUAUACUAAAUCAUAAAAAUUAUGGUAACAUAUAAUACCAAAAAUUGAUUUAUAUGUUGUAUAUUCGACUGUUAUCCUUUUAUGAGAUCCAAACAAAUAUGCAAAAAGAAAUAAUUAAACUAAUACGAUUUCAAUUAAAUUACUGUUUUUCAAUAAAUUAUGAAAUUUUGCCUGUAAUUUAUUAGGUGAUUCUUUUAAAUGCAAACACUCAUUUUCUCUAAAUGUAUUAACGUUUUUCAAAAUAUUUUUUUAUACAUUAUUUGAUUUUAAUAAUCUAUUACUAAAAAAAAAUUGUAUUUAUUGUUAAUUUUGAAAUGUUUUUUUUUAAUAUAUAUCAUUUAUUAUUAUAUUCAUAUAAUAUGAUAGCAAUUAAGCAUACCUACUUGGUUAUUUGAUAUUUUAAAGUAAAUAUUAUAGUUCAACUUCUGUUUUACCUACGACUAUACCAUCUCGUUUACGGCAAUUCAAAGUUUUGAAAAAAUUUAUAAAAGAUAAUAUUUUUUAAAUAUUUUCAAAAGAUUAUCAUUUCUCAAAUGACAUCUGGGGACUGGGUAAAGUCUUAUUCACGAAUACUAUAAUCUUGCUCAUGAUUUGUACCUUAUUAAUUACAAUUACUGUCUUUUUCUCAUAACUACUAUUGUUUUACUCUUGUAAUCGUACGUAUUAAAAAUUAUAAAAAUAAAACAAUUUAAAAUCAAUCAA